AUGAAAAUCGAAGAAGUUAAAAGCACGUCUAAAUCGCAACGUAUUGCUACCCACAGUCAUAUCAAAGGUCUUGGAUUGGAUGAAAAUGGUUAUGCUAUACAAACAGCCGCAGGACUUGUUGGACAAGAACUUGCAAGAGAGGCUGCUGGUGUUGUUGUGGAGAUGAUUCGCUCUAAGAAAAUGGCUGGUCGUGCUGUUUUACUAGCAGGACCUCCUGGAACUGGAAAGACUGCUAUUGCUUUAGCCAUGGCUCAAGAACUUGGCAGCAAGGUUCCAUUUUGUCCAAUGGUUGGCAGUGAAGUUUAUUCCAGUGAGAUUAAAAAAACUGAAGUAUUGAUGGAGAACUUUCGUAGAGCAAUUGGUCUGCGUAUCAAAGAGACAAAAGAAGUUUAUGAAGGCGAAGUAACAGAAAUUACACCUGUGGAAACUGAAAAUCCCAUGGGAGGUUAUGGCAAAACAGUGAGUCAUGUUGUAAUUGGUCUGAAGACAGCAAAAGGCACAAAACAAUUAAAAUUAGAUCCCUCAAUCUUUGAAAGUCUUCAGAAAGAAAAAGUUGAAGUUGGAGAUGUCAUUUACAUUGAGUCCAACAGUGGGGCAGUCAAGCGUCAGGGUAGGUCUGACAGUUAUGCCACAGAAUUUGACUUGGAGGCAGAAGAGUAUGUGCCUUUACCAAAAGGAGAUGUGCAUAAAAAGAAAGAAGUCAUUCAGGAUGUCACACUUCAUGAUUUAGAUACUGCCAAUGCCAGACCUCAGGGUGGCCAGGAUAUUAUGUCUAUGAUGAGUAGUUUAAUGAAACCAAAAAAGACAGAAAUUACAGAUAAGCUUCGUAAGGAGAUCAACAAAGUAGUGAACAAAUACAUUGAUCAAGGAAUUGCUGAGCUUGUCCCUGGAGUAUUGUUUAUUGACGAAGUGCAUAUGCUGGACAUAGAGUGCUUCACUUAUUUGCACCGAGCAUUGGAGUCAUCCAUCUCCCCAAUUGUUAUUUUUGCUACCAACAGAGGCAAAUGUACAAUCCGAGGAACUGGAGAUAUUGCUUCAUCUCAUGGCAUUCCACUUGAUCUGUUGGAUAGGGUCAUGAUAAUCAGAACUCUACCUUAUACACAGGAUGAAAUGAUGCAGAUCCUCAAUAUUCGUUCACAAACCGAAUCUAUUCACAUCACAGAUGAAUCCUUACAGCUACUCAGUGAGAUUGGUGCUAAGACAACACUUAGGUAUUCUAUUCAGCUUCUCACACCUGGCAAUUUGUUGGCUCGUAUCAAUGGCAAAGAUUCAAUUGGCAAAGAAGAGAUUGAAGAGAUAAACAAAUUGUUUUAUGAUGCCAAAUCAUCAGCCAAAGUUCUACAGAAAUUUGACGAGAAAUACAUGAAAUAA